GGGUGAUUAUGUUAAUGCUCUGGCACAUUAUGAGAAGGGAAUCACUGGAAACAAUAAGGAACAUGAUGAAGCUUGCCUUGCUGGAGUGGCUCAGAUGUCCAUUCGAAUGGGAGAUAUCCGUCGAGGGGUAAACCAGGCCAUUAAACAUCCCAGUAGGUUACUAAAAAAAGACUGUGGAGCUAUUCUGGAGAGUAUGAAGCAAUUUUCAGAAGCUGCUCAGCUGUAUGAAAAGGGACAAUAUUAUGACAAGGCAGCAUCAGUAUACAUCCGGUGUAAAAACUGGGCAAAGGUUGGUGAACUUCUUCCGCAUGUUUCAUCUCCAAAGAUUCAUUUACAAUACGCAAAGGCCAAAGAAGCAGAUGGCAGGUACAAGGAAGCUGUGAUAGCUUAUGAGCAUGCAAAACAGUGGGACAGUGUAAUUCGGCUAUAUUUGGAUCACCUUAAUAAUCCUGAAAAGGCUGUUGAUAUUGUGAGAGAAACACAGUCUCUCGAUGGAGCAAAGAUGGUGGCCAGGUUCUUUCUGCAACUUGGUGACUAUGGUUCUGCCAUCCAGUUCCUGCUCAUGUCCAAGUGCAAUAACGAAGCUUUCACAUUAGCUCAACAACACAACAAGAUGGAGAUUUAUGCCGAUAUCAUCAGUUCUGAAAGUGCUACCAAUGAAGAUUAUCAGAGCAUUGCACUGUAUUUUGAAGGAGAAAAGAAACAUUUUCAGGCGGGAAGAUUUUUCUUGCUGUGCGGUCAAUACGGACGGGCCUUAAAGCACUUUAUGAAAAGUCCGAGCACAGAAGAUAACUUGGCUAUAGAAAUGGCAAUUGAAACAGUGGGACGGGCAAAAGAUGAAGCCUUAACAAAUCAGCUGAUAGACUAUCUUAUGGGAGAAAGUGAUGGCAUGCCUAAGGAUGCCAAGUACCUAUUCCGCUUAUACAUGGCACUAAAGCAACACAGAGAAGCUACCAGAACUGCUAUAAUAAUUGCCAGAGAGGAGCAGUGUUCAGGAAACUACCGAAAUGCACAUGAUGUUCUUUUCAGCAUGUAUUCAGAGCUAAAGACCCAGAAGAUUAAAAUUCCUUCUGAGAUGGCUACAAACCUUAUGAUUCUACACAGCUACAUUUUAGUGAAGACUCACGUGAAACGCGGUGAUCACAUGAAGGGAGCACGUAUGCUUAUACGUGUAGCCAACAACAUCAGCAAGUUCCCGUCACACAUUGUGCCAAUUUUGACUUCAGCUGUAAUCGAGUGUCACAGAGCAGGAUUGAAGAACUCAGCCUUCAGUUUUGCUGCUAUGUUGAUGAGACCUGAGUAUCGUAAUAAAAUAGAUCUUAAAUACAAAAAGAAGAUCGAAGCAAUGGUGAGGCGUCCAGACACAACAGAGGCAGAGGAACCAACAACAGCGUGUCCAUAUUGCGCAUUCCAGCUUCCAGAGUGUGAGCUUUUGUGUCCCAGCUGUAAGAACAAUCUUCCAUACUGUAUUGCAACUGGCCGGCACAUGGUACAAGAUGACUGGACUGUCUGCCCACACUGUGACUUUCCUGCUCUCUACUCAGAAUUCAAGAUCAUGUUACAGACUGAAAACGUAUGUCCAAUGUGUUCUGAAAGGAUUAACAUUGUUCAUCUUAAGAAAAUAAAUGAUUGCACACAGUACCUCAAGCCAGAAGAUGGAGACCAAUAA